AUGAAGCUGGCGAGCGGCGGGGCUGGCGGUCGCGGAUUGUUCUGCUACCACUGCCCGCCGAGCCUGCCGCCGCACCAGCACCGCCUGCCUACCCUGGAGUACCCCUUCACUGCUUCACAUCCUUACACGAGCUACUCCUACCACCCGGCGAUACACGAUGACACGUUUGUGCGUCGGAAGCAGCGCCGCAACCGCACCACCUUCACCCUACAGCAGUUGGAAGAGCUGGAGACUGCGUUCGCACAGACUCACUAUCCAGAUGUGUUCACGCGGGAAGAUCUCGCGCUCAAGAUCAAUCUCACUGAGGCGAGAGUGCAGAAAAUUAUUAUUUGUCAAAUGUUUGAUUACUAUGUAGCGAAGCUUUCUUGUAGCGAGUAA